AGCGAAUCCCUUAUCCUUAUCAGAGAAUCUUGAUACAACAAGCAGCAUCUUAAUCCCAUCAUCUAUUCUGGGGUUGAACAGGCCUUCUGGCAACCUCAACAUCUGCAUGCGUGUUUUCUUCCAUCCAAUUUCACUACUCCCGCGUUCAUCACACCCCGUGUCCUACUCUUCUCAGCUCCGCCGCCGACCAGUGAUCAUCAUGAGUAACACACUGGGUGUCAAGCGAAAUGCGAACCAUUUAUCAAGUUCACCAGACAGUACCAAGAAACCCAAGGCUAAUGGGAGUAUCACAUCGUUUUUCGGGGCCCCGAAGCCCAGGGUGGAAGUGACCAACUCCCCUUCUCCUGCGGUUUCCAAGUUCAACAAGGACAAGUGGGUUGACUCGCUCACCCCAGAGCAAAAGGAGCUUCUGCAAUUGGAGAUUGAUACAUUGGACGUGAGUUGGCUGGCACAUCUCAAGGAUGAGCUGGUUACUCCGGAGUUCCUCAACCUGAAGCGGUUCCUCAAGAAGGAGAAAGAUGCGGGCGUAACGGUCUUUCCACCAGAGGAAGACAUCUACUCCUGGUCUCGCCAUACUCCCCUGCACACGGUCAAGGCCGUCAUUGUCGGCCAGGACCCGUACCAUAACUACAACCAAGCUCACGGCCUUUGCUUUUCUGUUCGCCCGCCCACGCCUGCUCCCCCAUCCCUCGCAAACAUCUACAUUGCGCUCAAGAAUGAUUAUCCUUCAUUCCAACCGCCUCCAAACAAGGGUGGUCUCCUGACCCCCUGGGCUGAGCGUGGCGUCCUGAUGCUGAACACUUGCCUGACUGUUCGUGUCCACGCUGCCAACAGCCAUCAGGGUAAAGGCUGGGAGAGAUUCACACAAAAGUGUCUGGAUAUAGUGGCCAAAGUCCGCACCCAUGGAGUAGUCUUUCUAGCAUGGGGCACUCCAGCAGGGAAGCGAGUAGCUGGCAUCAACAGAGAAAGGCACUGCGUACUGCAAUGCGUUCACCCGAGUCCGUUUAGUGCUCGUAAUGGAUUUUUCACCUGCGGCCAUUUCAAGAAAUGCAAUGAAUGGCUAACGCAGAGAUACGGCGAAGAUGGCCCUAUCGACUGGGCACUGACCAAAGGAACAACAAUCCUCUCCAAGAAAACAACCACAGUCACUACGGCAGCCAUCUCAACCUCUCCAGCUGCCGAGAAUGAGAAAAAGACCAUCUCAGAAUCCAAGACCUCAACCACCACCGAGGAGAAGAGUGCAAACCUAAAGCCCGAAACUUCUAACUCAGGCGACAUCUACGAUGAUGAGGAUGACCUCGAAGCUCUCGAAGCAUUAGCCGCCGCUGAAUCAGACAAGGAUAAGGACAAGUCAAGCGAGAAUAACAUUAAAGAAAACGUCCCGCCAGAAACAACCGAGAAUACACAAGAAGAAGAAGAGAAAAAGGAAUAAACUUCUCUCGCACGCAUGAUGCAUUUCAACCAUGCAUAAAAUUUUCGAAAAGAAGAGUCAGAUAUCAGAACGCACCAGAAAUGUCUAUCGUAUGCGAAAGUUGAAAAUCUGGGCCCCGAUUUGUUGUUUUCUUUUUACUUCGGAUGGAUAGAUACCUUUCGGUUAUUAUAUUAUGUCUUGAUAUGUCAGUUCCACUGUCCCUGGGCCAGGUAGGCGUUUUGGAGGCGGCGUUGUCACAACAUUCUAGGUCUUUUAUGUCUGUGUAUAAUACAUACAAUACCAUUAAUUUUACUGAAAGUACA